CAACCUAACACAGUGAAAAGGCCCAAAUGAAAUUCCUGUUCAGUAUACUGCCUUCGAAUUGAAUGAAGAAAGCGAGGGAUUUGCUUAAACCCACUCGUAGAGCCUUCCUUUCCCUGGCCAGACCUCCUUCUCCUUCUCCUACUGCUGUUCCUCUUCCUCCACAGAUGGAUCCAUCAGAGCGCUACUGUUACAAUCCGAGACUGCAAUGGAAUCCUGAGGUUGAAGACUACUUCAUCAAAGCCUAUGGAGCUGAUAAUUUCUCUCGCAUUUCUCAUGCACUCACGCGUCCUUCUACCUAUUCUUGCAUUCGAGUCAACACACUAAAGACAACAACUGAUGCUGUUGUUCAGAAGCUGAAGGCAAUUAUGAAAGAAACUGGGUUUGAAGAUUGUACUAUGGCAGAAGAUGGGCCAAAUGAUAAUCCGACCAAUGAGCUGGAGGAUAGCUUGCAAAAUAGCCCCAUCGCUAAGUGCCAGAUACCUGGGUUGGAAUAUGUUUUGUUUGUUAAGGGUUCGGGACCACACUCAAUUGAUUAUGGUGUUGCACCAGGAGCACCUCCUAAGGAGGUAAUUGUGAGUAGAAAAUGUGCUGAAGCUGUUCUCCGAGGUGCUCAGGUAUUUGUUCCUGGUGUAAUGGCUUGUAGUGCACAUGUUGAAAAAGGAGAUGCAGUUGCAGUUUCAGUUGCUAUAGAGCAACAUGGUCCUGAUGGUGGAUGGGCUAUUGGUAUGACACGUGGGACUGUUCUACAAGGACUUCAGACAGAUCCUUAUUAUUCUGAAAGAUAUGGCCUGUAUAUUGGUCAAGGUAUAACAAAAAUGUCAAGGGCUGGCAUAUUUCGUGUUUCAGAAGGAAUUGCUGUGGAUAUGAAUAAUCGGGUGUUUAAAUUGCCUUCUUUUCAUGAUGUGCUUGAGGGGGAAAUAUUUCUUCAGAACUUGCCUAGCAUUGUCGCUGCUCAUGCCUUAGAUCCUCAAAAAGGUGAACGAAUACUAGACAUGUGUGCAGCACCAGGAGGGAAGACAACUGCAAUUGCAAUCCUUAUGAAGGAUGAAGGAGAGAUUGUUGCAGCUGAUAGAUCUCAUAAUAAGGUGCUGGAUAUUCAGAAAUUGGCUGCUGAAAUGAGCUUGACAUGUAUAACAACUUAUAAGCUGGAUGCUCUCAAAGCUGUUCGUCGAAGAAAUGAAUCCAAUGAUAAUGUCACUGUUCAAAGUUCUGAACCAUUGAGGUUUCACGAGGAGAAAACAUUUUCUACUGUUCAAGUGCUGAAUCCAGAAAAAGUACGCAAUGAAAUUGUUAGCAAUGAAAAAGAGAAUGAGAGAACUUAUGUUAGCAAAGCUGACAUCAGGAAGAGUAACCGAAGAAUGAGGAAUGGGCCAGGAAGGAAUCAGUGCCUGGGUGGUAGGGUCGAGAAUUCAAAAGGUUUUGAUCCUGACAGCUUUGAUCGAGUUCUCCUUGAUGCUCCUUGUUCAGCUCUUGGUUUGCGACCUAGGCUUUUUGCUGGAGAGGAAACUGUAGGAUCUUUAAGAAAUCAUGCAAAGUACCAGAGGAGAAUGUUUGACCAGGCUGUUAAACUAGUUCGCCCUGGUGGAGUUAUUGUGUAUUCCACGUUCGUAUCAAAGAUACAAUGCACAAUAAACCCCGGUGAGAAUGAAGCACUGGUACGAUAUGCUCUGGAUACAUACAAGUUCCUCUCUUUAGCACAACAGCACCCAAGAAUUGGAGGACCUGGCCUUAUUGGUGGAUAUGAAUUUCCUGAUGGAUACGUCGAGGAGUGGUUAAGACCUGGAGAGGAAGAACUUGUUCAGAGGUUUGAUCCAUCAUCUCCCCUCGACACAAUUGGAUUUUUCAUUGCCAAGUUUGUGGUUGGCCCCAAAAACAUUUAAAUUUAAUGGGAAAACAUUACUACCCUUGUUGAGAUCAGAACGAGGCUGGGAGGUCGGCAAAGUUUAUGAAAAUGCUCUCAGUGUCUCUGCUUAAGGUGACUAUGCGUAGAGGCGUAGAGCAGAGUGCGUUACUGUCUGCAUGGUGCAGGAAUCAUCAAAAGGAUGGUUAAUUAUUUUACAUUCAAUUUUUUUUUUCUUCCUUCAAAUUUGUUAAGGAAAAGCUUAAUUUUCUGCAUUGGUUUGGAGCAAGAUAAAUUUUGGGUGUCCUUGUCUAAUUUUGAAAAAAUUUAAAAAAAAAUAUAUAUAUUUUUUA